AUGGAACAAAAAAGAAAAAAGUUAUCUGGAAGUCAAUACAAAAAGAAACGCUUAAAGAAUGAGGAACAAGGAAGAAAGCUCAGCAAUGUUAUGAAGAAAUUCUUAGUACAAAAGUGCGGUUUAGAUGAGCCAUCCACAUCAGCAGCAACUGAUUUGGCAAAUAACAACACAGUGCCGCCUCAAUCACUUCCAGAAGAAGUUGUUGAAGAGAGCCAAAUACUAACACCAUCAGAUCUUCAUGAACAGCCGGGCAGCACAUCCACGUCAACUGCGACUGCCUUGGAUUUGGCAAAUAAAAACACAGUGCCGCCCCAAUCAAUUCCAGAAAAAAUUGUUGAAGAGAUCCAAAAAAUAACAUCAUCAGAAGUUCAUCAAGAACCGGGCCGCAUUAGCAGUGGCAGUCAGCAGGUAUUAAAAGAAAUUCCUUCAGAUCCUGCAUUAUGGCUUACUUUCUGCAUGUCAUCUCAAACUCGUCAACUACUGGUUGAGAGGGGUCCCCAUCAAAUUAAAGAACUCGAGUUUCCUAUUAAUAAAGGAAAGCGUAGAUUUUUGCCCUCGUAUUAUUCGAAAGUGUUGAGCAAUGGUGAAGCCGUUGAGAUAAGUUGGCUUAUUUACUCUAUUGCAAGUGAUGCCGGUUUUUGCUUUUGUUGUAUAUUAUUUGAUAAUUCGGCUGACUGGUCAAAAAAAGGCUAUUCUGACUGGAAAAAUCUUAUAAGAGCCCUCGCAAUGCACGAAAAAUCUGUAAAUCACAGAAAUGCUUUUAGAGCAUGGAAAGAAUUGGACAUUCGAUUGAAGCAGAAAAAAACUAUUGACGCUGAAUAUCAACUAAUUAUGGGUAUGGAACUUCAGCAUUGGAGAGGAGUUAUAAAAAGAAUUAUGUCAAUAAUUAAACUAUUGGUCUCACAAUGUUUAGCUUUUCGUGGAUCAACUGAACAUUUGUUUCAACCUAAUAACGGGAACUUCCUAAAGUUGGUAGAAUUACUUUCUGAGUUUGAUCCAGUUAUGGAAGAACAUAUCAGCAGAGUUCAACGAGAGUCUGAUAAAUGUUUUUUUGAAGCUAGUGAUUCAACCGGAGAAGGUUUGGCAAAACUUAUUCUGACACAUUUGAAAAAAUUAGGUUUUGAGUUAAAGUGGCUAAGGAGACAAGGCUAUGACAACGGAGCCAAUAUGAAAGGAGUAAGAAAGGGUGUUCAAAAUAGAAUACUUGAAAAAUAUCCAAGGGCUUUUUAUGUGCCCUGCGCAUGCCAUUCUUUAAACCUUGUUGUGAAUGAUGCAGCGUCUUCUACUACAGAAACAACAUUUUUUUUUUCUAUUGUACAAGAACUUUACACUAUUUUUUCUGGUUCUACAAAGCGUUGGGAAGUGCUACAAAAAUAUGUUUCUCAAUUAACUCUGAAACCAUUAAGUGUUACUAGGUGGGCAAGCAGAAUAGAUGCUUUAAAACCUUUACGGUUUCAACUUUGCGAAAUCUAUGAUGCAUUGAUUCUGAUAAUAGAAGACGUCAAUAGAGAUGCAGAAACUAAAGUUAAAGCGAGAGGGUUAGCAAAAAAUAUUAAAAAUUACAAGUUUAUAUGUGGAGUAAUUCUUUGGCAUGAUAUUUUGUUUGAAAUUAAUUCAGUUUUGAAGCUUUUGCAAUCUGUUACUAUAAAUAUAUCAGAUUGUGUAAGGAUGCUAUCAGAAACCAUAAAAAAAGUGAAAAGUUAUAGACAAUCUGGAUAUAUUCAGAUGAAAAUUGCUGCAAAGGAGAUAGCAGAGAAUCUCAAAUGCAGUACAGAAUUUCCUGAUGACACUGAAGUUAGACCCAGAAGGAAAAAGCGUCAAUUUGACUAUGAAAAAGCUGUCGAUGAACCCUUAACAGAGGAGAAAAAAUUUAAAAUAAACUUUUUCAACUAUAUUCUGGACAUUACCCUUAAUUCUCUGAAUGAACGAUUCACGCUUCUGGAAACCCAUAGCAAAAAAUUUCAUCUUGAGUUUAUACUUUCGGUUGAAAAUGAAACAGAUAUAAAUGCAAAUGACCUUAGAGAAGAAUUGCGUGAUGUAUCCAGAAUGCUACCAUAUUCUACGAAACCUUUGGAUGUUUUAAAUUAUUUAUCCCAAAAUAGCUUAAUUAGUUUGUAUCCAAAUACUGUUGUAACUCUGAGAAUUUUAUUAACUCUCCCUGUAUCUGUAGCUAGUGGGGAAAGAAGUUUCUCCAAAUUAAAAUUAAUAAAAAACUACUUAAGAAGUUCAAUAGGACAAACAAAACAUAAAAAUCUGGCAUUAAUUUCUAUUGAAUCUGCAAUGGCUAGCACUCUAGAUUACACAUCAGUAAUUAACGAAUUUGCUAAAGUUAAAGUUAGAAGAGUAAAGCUGUAA